AAUGAUGGUGUUUUAAUAGUGUAGAUUUUGGAACUAAUUUUUACAAGCAUAACCGAAUGAGUAAAACUAAGUGUGUGCAUAGAAUUUUCACAAGCCUAAUGGAUUUGGUAAAAAUCUAAUCUGAUGUGAAGUGAAGUAAAUAUUGUAUUUUAUGUGGAGAAAAGUCACCACAUUUUGCAAGUCCAUAGGCCUAAGUAAAAUGAAAGAGUUAUCUUUAAACAAGGAAAAAUCAUUAAGAUUAAUUUAUGACUAAAUUUAGUCUAUUUGGAGACAAAUAGUUUAAGCUAAGAAAACUUAAUGACUAAGUUAUCUUAGUGAUUAAGAUAAAUCAAUUUGGUGACACAUGGUAAAGCUAAGUACACUUGGUUAAUAACCAAAGUAAACUUAGUGACAAAUGGCUAAAGCUUAUUAAACUUUUUGACAAAUGUCCAAGUUACUUUAUGAGUAGCUUUGCUUUGUGAAAUUUUCAUAUAUAUAUACAUAUUUUCUUUUCUAUUAAAGAUAUAACAAUCUAUACUCAUACAUAAUAAUCUUACAAAAGUUUCAUCAAUACCUCAAGUUUUUUAAAAUUCUCGCGUCUAACAUAUAUCAUCUACAAUCAGACAUGGUGGCAACAACAAUGUCUUUAUCAUUGACAGUGCUCUUCUUCUUCCUCCUCAUAUCAACAGUAUCCAUGGCCCAAAGAAAUGUAUGGUGUGUGGCGAAUUCUGAUGCGACAGAUGAACAACUACAAGCGACUAUAGAUUGGUGUUGCAGCGACUCAGGAGGUUUUCGAGAUUGUACACCGAUCCAACCAGGUGGAGUCUGCUACGAACCAAACACUCUCAGAGAUCAUGCGUCGUUUGUGAUGAACUUGUAUUACCAGAACGAAGGUUCCACCAAGGCGCAAUGCAAUUUCAGUGGUACCGGCACUGAAGUUCAUGACGACCCAAGCCAUGGCCCGUGUAUUUAUGUGCAUUAUUAACAACAUAUAUAUAUAUAUAUAUGUAUGUAUGCAGUGUCAUGCUUAGUAUUUCGGGAGUUCAAGAUAAUAUUCUGAUGAUAUAAUAUUUUAUUUUAUUUAAAUUAAUAUAUAAAAUAUAGUUUUAUAAAUGUCAAAAUUAUUUAAUAAAAUUAUAAUUAAUAUAAAAGUAAAAUAUAUUAUGUAUCAUCUUCGUGAGAAGAUACAACUGUAUGUUAUAUCAAAACAAUAUUCUUUU